AUGGGCUUAAGAGACAUUGGAGAGACACUGCCACCAGGUUUUAGGUUUUAUCCGAGCGAUGAAGAACUUGUUUGCCAUUAUCUUUACAAAAAGAUUGCUAAUGAACAAGUUCUUAAGGGUACUUUAGUGGAAAUUGAUCUUCAUACUUGUGAGCCAUGGCAGCUCCCUGAGGUGGCAAAGCUGAAUUCAAACGAGUGGUACUUCUUUAGCUUUCGAGAUCGCAAAUACGCAACAGGGUAUCGAACCAAUCGGGCCACCACCUCAGGGUACUGGAAAGCCACCGGAAAAGACCGAGCAGUGCUCGACCCUAGGAGUCGGGCCACGGUAGGGAUGAGAAAGACUUUAGUCUUCUACAAGAAUAGGGCCCCUAAUGGAAUAAAAACAGGCUGGAUCAUGCAUGAAUUUCGACUUGAGAACCCUCAUGUUCCUCCUAAGGAAGACUGGGUGUUAUGUCGAGUAUUUCACAAAGGCAAGAGUGAGAAUAGCAACCAAUUCAGCCCACAAAAUUUCUAUAAUUCAACCACUUCUAAUAUGGCUGCAUCUCCUCAUACAAAUGAAUAUACACUGCCUAAUUAUGGCGACCAAAACACGAUAACUUUCUAUGAUCAAGGCCAAAACCCUAGCACUUUUCUCGAUUUGUUGGCCCCGGACGUCGUCGACCGGAGUAACUACCAUCAGCUGUCUCAAGAGAUGAAUGUUGAAACUCCUUCCGGCUGUAAAAUGAUGCAAACUAAAUAUGAGGAUGACUAUGGAUUCUUAUUCGAUACGAGUUACGAAGAGUCGCCGGUAAUGCGAGAUUUCGACGACGAAAACAGCCGAGUUUACAUAUGA